AUGGAUCGUAAUGGUGGAGGUUAUGUUAAUAAUCCAAGUCUGUUAAAGGUUCAACAACAACAACUACGUGGAAAGAUAUCUGAGGAGUUGAGUGAUGAUGAUGGUUUGGAUAUUGACGAUACUGCAUCAACUGCAUCAACUUUAUCACAAAAUGAUCAUGAUCAUCAACAACAACUACUACAAACACAAGUGCUUGAUGAUGAUGAUGCCAACUCUGAUGAGAUUGCACCAACACAGCCUGUCGCCGACGACUUUGAACUAGAUCGUUCAGACACAAUGUUGAUUAGCAAUGAGGAUAUGGGAGAUGACAUCACAAAAGACAACAACAACAACAAUGUCAAUGUCAGUGGCAAUGGCAAUCACUAUCACAAUCUUGUUCGCUUAAAGUCCACACUGAGGGACCACGAAAUACCAUUCAGCGAACUGGUCGUCGAGCGUGAGAUUGGCAAAGGAUUCUUUGGCAAGGUGUACAAGGCAACCUGGCGCGGCAAGAGUGUGGCACUCAAGAAGAUCACGAUAUCCCGCUUCAGGGACCGCUCUGACUCUGACCUGUUCACCAAGGAGUUGUCCAUCAUCAGCAGACUCUGCCAUCCAACCUGUGUCAUGUUCAUUGGCGCCUGCUCGACCGACCCCAGCAACCGCUACAUAGUCAUGGAGUACAUGGCCGGCGGGUCGCUGCGCAAGUUCCUGGACGAACGUGCCUACCUCAUCACACCCAACCUGCAACUGGCAAUCGCACGCGACAUUGCCGAUGGAAUGUGCUAUCUACACACCAACUUUGAUGAGCCAAUCAUACAUCGCGACCUCACCUCGUCCAAUGUGUUGCUCAACGGUGACUAUUCAGUGGCCAAGAUCAAUGACUUUGGCCUGUCAAAGGAGAUGAAGUCUGGCCACAACGAGAUGACUGCGGCCAUGGGUUCGAUGGCCUGGAUGGCACCCGAGAGUUUCCGUGGCGAGAAGUACACCGAGAAGGUGGAUAUCUACUCGUUUGCCAUCUUGCUCUGGGAGUUGAUCACAUUGAAGGACCCUUACUGCGGUAUGGAGCCGCUCAGGAUGGCAUUCUUGGCCAACAUGUACGAUUAUAGACCACCACUCAAUCAGAUACCAUCACAAUGGCAACAGUUGAUCUCAAGGUGUUGGCAUCCCAAACCAGAGCAACGACCAUCAUUCAAAGAGAUCUUGGUAUUGAUUGAUCAGAUUGAGCAAAACAGCGCAGCGUCCUCUAUAUUUAUGAUGCCGCCAACACUGAACAUCAAGCCAUCACUGUCAUCAGCAUCACCAUCAUCUUCACAACAAUCGAAUUCAUCAUCUUUUACUCCUCCCGCGAAUGUGACGCCCAACUCAUCAUUCAUUCAGCAACCACAGCAGAUGGCACAGCCUCCACUCAAUCGAUCAGUCACAAUGUCAGACUAUAGUGGCAGUGGCGGUGGAUCUGGUUCAGGCAACAAGGGAUACUACGCGUCACAGGGCAUGGAGUACGAGACAGUGCCCACGACAUUGACCAAACAACAGUCUUCAAACCUAUCACUCAUCAACAACGAACCAGUCCGACUGUUUGGACAACCCACUCAUUCAUCCGCUGGCAUCAUAUCAUGUCUAGACAGCACAACAGAUCAACAACACCAAUACCUAAUGGUUGGCUACAGAGAUGGAGCAUUCAUUAGGUCAUAUGAUCUUGGCACAGAAGUAUGCAACAACACAUUUGUCACAAGGCCACCACUGCAAUCACAACAACAGAUACAGACCACAACAAGUCUACUGGAUUGCACUACUACAUUGGUGAACAAUAGGAGGUUCAUGGCAGGUGCAGGUGGCGCAGUCAAUGGUAUGACGGGAAGUGGAUACAUCAGUUUGUGGAGUGUUGAUGGUGGUCAACAGGAGGAGUACACCGCGCCAAUCAAGACAUUAUAUACACCUGGCAGCGCAAUCGAGAGGGUCAAGUGGAGUUUCCAAAACCUGGUGACAUCAUCAUCACAGGAGAAUACCAUCAGGAUAUGGGAUGUGGAGAAAGGCGUCUGUGUUAGUACGUUGGAUGCCGGCGCUGCACAACUCUCAAUAGACACACUACCCUACCAACCAUUGAUCGUGUGUGGAGGUGUAGACAAGCGUGCCAGGCUCUGGGACACCCGAGCCAACUACUUUUUCCGAACAUUCACCGAGAGUGGACCCAUCCAACAAGUCAAGUUUAGAUCUCCCAACAAUGAUCCAGUGCUCAUGAUUGGAACACAAGAAGGAGUGUUCAAGGUUUGGAACAUGUAUAUAUCACAAUGCGUCAACUCGAUGUUGUCACAUUCAGCGCCAAUCAUUGGAAUACACAGCAACUAUGACGUCAAGGAGGUGCUUAGUCUAGCAUCAAACAACACUAUGGUGCGAUACAAGUAUGAAGACACCAGUCAGGACCAGAUGAAACAUGUCCGUCGAUAUCCCUCCAAAGGAGAAGUGUUGGGCGACCCAACCAUUGGCGCACCUCCACUGACAGCCGCGCACUUGAUCUCCUCCAACAACAUUGUCUAUGUACAAGCCGAUAAACUGUACGUAAUGGCCACCUGA